AGAAAAAUGAGACGAUUUUUCACCAUCCACAAGCCACCGGGAGUGCCACAUCUCGCGUUAAAACUGCUUCAUGCCGUAGGAAUUGCCAAUGGAGAAACAUUUUCGCAUCGCUUCACCGCAGUGUAUUUGUUGUUCAUUUUUUUCAUCGCGAUUCCCAAACUAUUCUGCGGCUACACCAGCUUCGAGGCGUCCGUCGUCGGGUUGGCCGAGCUAUUCUUUCAGCUCAACAACUUUACUGGCUUGUUACUGGUUUUGGUAAGUAGCAAACAGUUACAGUGCUUGGUUCGAGUUGGUCAAACUAUCGCCGACGAAGUUUUCCAGUUCGCCCAGGCUGAUAUGCGCCAGCUGCUAACGUCCCAUCACAAGCGAAUGCACACAUGGACCAGAUAUUACUGUCUAGUCAUCUUGUACACCGUUAGCAUUUUUGCUACCGCACCAAUUUGCGCCACGUUCUGGUCGUACGUUCGGGCUGCUCAUCGGAACACCACCGCACAGUACGUGCUCCAUAUGGAGGAAGAUUUUUACGGACUGCAGAUUCGUUCCUCACUGCGAAGCUAUCUUAUGUUCGCCAUCCCGAUGGUACCGAUGUCGUACGUCUGUGCAUAUGUUGGAUGUGCCAAAAUUAUGAUCGUCUUCAAUUUCACCAGCUAUUGCACCGUCUACUUUCGGCUGGUUACAUUCCAACUGCAAUACCAAACUCGAACAGUUCCGUCUGAUCGUGACAGCAUUAUAACGAUCGUUACGAUGCACCAGCAGGCACUGUGCUGUGCUGAUUUGUUGGAAACCAUCGUAUCCCCGAUCAUGCUGAUGCAGAUUGUCCUGUGCGUGCUUAUGUCAAGCUCUAUGAUACUGUACUUUACAUUCGCGGUGAGUGAACAAACUGCUACUAGCAAAGAUUUAUCUAUCAGCUAUCUUCUUAUGCUCAACCUUGCAGACUAUGAGCGGCCACAUGAUAAAUGUGUUGUUGCUGUUUUUGGUUGUUUCGACCGAAACCUUCGGCUACUGUUACCUCGGUACUCAACUUUCGAUGGAGUGCGCACGGAUCGCAUAUGCCGUAUACAACGGAAAAUGGGAGCAACAGCCGAGGGAGAUCGCAAAACACCUUCAGCUAAUUUUGCUACGCGCACAAAAGCCCAUUGGUAUAACCGCCGGCAAGUUUUGUUUCAUCAACAUGGAGCAAUUCGCAAAGCUCCUUAAAACUACCUACUCAGUGUUUAUCCUGCUGAGAGAUUUAUUGUAAAUUGACCGGUUAAAUGAAGCAAAACUAGAUAUUGAUUUACCCGAUGGCUGGUGUGAUUGUUGCC